AUGGCGGAACAGCAGCAGUUCUACAUCUUGCUGGGCAAUCUGAUGAGCCCGGACAACAACAUCAGAAAGCAGUCAGAGGAGACGUAUGAUUCGAUUCCAGGAGGAAACAAGAUCACAUUCUUGCUACAGGCCAUUCGAGAUGUGUCCGUCGCAGAAGAGGCUCGGCAGAUGGCUGCGGUGCUGUUGCGGAGGCUGCUGUCGUCGGCCUUUGAGGAGGUGUUCCCGGGGCUCACGCUGGAGAUGCAGAUGGCCGUGAAGACAGAGCUGCUCACGGCAAUCUCUCACGAAACCUCCCCAAACAUCCGCAAGAAAGUGUGUGACAUCGCCGCCGAGCUCUCCAGAAACCUCAUCGACGACGAUGGGAACAACCAAUGGCCCGAGGUUCUAAAGUUUCUCUUCGAUUCGGUCAAUUCUGACAACGCAAGUUUGAAAGAAGCCGCGCUGCACAUAUUCUGGAAUUUCCCUGGCAUAUUUGGUAACCAGCAGCAGCACUAUCUAGAUGUUAUCAAGAGAAUGCUGGUUCAGUGUAUGCAGGACCAAGCCAACCCACAGAUUCAGAUGCUGGCGUCUCGAGCUGCUGCGUCCUUUGUUUUGGCGAAUGAAGGAAACUCUGCGCUCCUCAAACAGUUCUCAGAUCUGCUGCCUGGAGUUCUACAAUCCGUGAAUGACUCGUGUUACCAAGGCGACGACUCUGUGCUGAAGUCGCUGGUAGAAAUCGCAGACACGGCUCCGAAAUACCUGCGACCGAACCUGGAGGCGACGCUGCAGCUCUGUCUCAAGCUCUGCGCUGACACAAACCUGUCCAACAUGCAGCGGCAGCUCUCCCUCGAGGUCAUCGUCACGUUAUCAGAGACCGCGGCCGCCAUGUUGAGGAAGCACCAGGCCCUCGUGGCUCAGAGCGUUCCCCAGAUGUUGACCAUGAUGGUGGAUUUGGAAGAGGACGAGGACUGGGCCCAGGCGGACGAGCUGGAGGACGAUGACUUUGACAGUAACGCGGUGGCUGGAGAGAGUGCUCUGGACAGAAUUGCCUGUGGCCUCUCGGAGGGAAGAUCAUCUUACCCAUUGAAACAGUCAGAUGCCAGCGUUCUUGCAGGACCUACUCGCCUCUGGCAGCCUCCCAGCAACCUCUUGUGUGCCGGUACGCAGCCUGUAACGCGAUUGGGGACAGAUGGCCACAGAUCUUCGCUUCCCACUUUGUCAGAAGAAGUUCCACGACAAGGUGAUCGUGGCUCUGCUGGAGACCACAUGAAGGACCAGGGGAACCCCAGAGUCCAGGCCCAUGCGCAGCCGCGCUCAUUAACUUCCAGAAGACUGCCCAAAGUCUCUGCUUGUCCCGUACCUGGACAGUCUGGUCCAGCAUCUGUGCGCCCAUCCAUGCAGGCCAAGCUACAGGAGCUGAUUCAAAAGGGCACGAAGCUGGUCCUGGAGCAAGUAGUGACGUCCAUCCGCCUCCGUGGCCGACACGGCGGAGGAGAAGUUUGUGCCGUAACUACGACCUCUUCAUGCCGUCGUCUCAAGAACAUUGUGGAGAACGCGGUUCAGAAGGAGCUGCGGCUGCUGCGCGGGAAGACCAUCGAGUGCAUCAGCCUCAGAUCGGGCUCGCUGGGGCAAAGAGAAGGCAGUGAUGCAGCUGGCUGCCUGAAAACACAGACAGACUUCAACGACCUCGAGGACGACGAUCCACAGACGUCCUACAUGAUCUCGGCCUGGGCUCGCAUGUGUAAGAUCCUGGGGAAGGAGUUCCAGCAGUACCUUCCUGUGGUGAUGGGGCCCCUCAUGAGAAUCCCCCGCCUCCAUCAAACCAGAGGUGGCGCUACUCCGACAGACAUGGAGAGCAUCUCUGAGGACGACGGUUGGGAGUUUGUGAACCUCGGAGAUCAGCAGAGCUUCGGAAUAAAGACGGCAGGGGCGGGAGGAGAAGGCCACGGCCUGCCAGAUGCUGUGGCGGCUGCAGAGUCCAUGCCGCUCCUGCUGGAGUGUGCUCAGGUGCGGGGCCCUCAGUAUCUCUCUGACAUGUGGAAGUUCAUGAGCGAGCCGCUGAUCAAAGCCAUCGGCACGGAGCCCGACUCGGACGUGUUGUCGGAGGUCAUGCACGCCUUCGCCAAGUGCAUGGAGCUGAUGGGUGACGGCUGUCUGGAGAAGGCCCAGUUCGAGGAGCUGGGGGGGAUCCUGAAGGCCAAGCUGGAGGAGCACUUCAAGAACCAGAGACUCAGACAAGACAAAAGAGAAGAUGAAGACUACGAUGAGCAGGUGGAGGAGACGUUACAAGACGAGGACGAGAACGACGUGUACAUUUUGACCAAAGUGUCGGACAUCCUGCACUCGGUCUUCAGCUCGCACAAAGAGAACGUCCUGCUGUGGUUUGAGCAGCUGAUGCCGCUGAUCGUGGAGCUGCUGAGAGCAGAGCGGCCCUGGGCGGACCGACAGUGGGGCUUGUGUAUCUUUGACGACGUGGUGGAGCACUGCAGCCCCUCCUCCUUCAGAUACGCAGACUUCUUCUUGGGGCCGAUGCUGCAGUCGCUCGUGGACCCGGUGGCCGAGGUGCGGCAGGCGGCUGCGUACGGUGUGGGCGUUAUGGCGCAGUAUGGUGGCGCCAACUACUGCAAGUUCUGUAAAGAGGCCAUCCCAAGGUUGGUCCAGGUAAUCCAGGCCCCGGACUCUCGCUCCAAAGAGAACGUGAACGCCACAGAGAACUGCAUCUCGGCUGUGGGCAAAGUGAUGCGCUUCCAGCCGGAGUGGGUCAGCGUAGGCGAGGUGCUCCCCCAUUGGCUGAGCUGGCUGCCACUCAAAGAAGACAAGGAGGAGGCAGUCCACACCUUCGACUUCCUCUGCGACCUCAUCGAAAGUAACAACCCAAUCGUCCUCGGUCCAGACAACGCAAACCUUCCCAAGAUCUUCCUCAUCAUUGCGGACGGCGUUGCAAGCGAAUCCAUCAAAUGUGAAGACUCGUGCAGCAAAAGACUGGCCAACGUCAUCCGGCAAGUUCAGGUUUCGGCCGGUUUAUGGACAACGUGCGUCUCUACAUUGAACGAGUCUCAACAGAAAGCCAUCCAGGACCUGCUCAACUCGGCCUAA